AAGUGUGUGAGUUGUGAUGCAGAGAAGGUAACCAGAAGCUUCCACAUGACUAGCUAUAUGUAACACAUGCAUUGGGCCCCAGUAUAAUAUAUAUUUCUUUUUUCCCAAAUUUUUUUCAUUUGUAAAGAUUUUUUCUCUCUCUUCUCUCCCUCUCUCUCUCUCGUACGCUCUUCUCUCCCUCUCACUCUCUCGUACGCUCUUCUCUCCCUCCUCUCUGCCUCAUCUCAUCCUUCACCAUAACAUCCACCACAACCCCCCACCACCACCUACAAAUCAAUCACUCGUCAGAGGGAGGGAGUGGCCGAGUGAGAGAAGAUUUGCCGGGGAGGGAAGUUCCGGUGAGGAAGAGAGAGUUCCGGCCGUGAUAGAUAGUUCCGGUGGUGGUUCGCGGCGGUGUUUGGCGACGGCGAUGCUUAUUGCUCCUUCGUUCCUCUGGUUUGAUCUUAGUUUCUAUACUAUAUUUAUUUUUAUUUUUUUCGUUGCUUUUUUUUUUUGCUGGUGAAGAUGUUGAAGAUUGGAGGUGGUGGUGAUGUGUAGUGGUUAUGUUGGAUGGUGAUGUGUAGUGGUUAUGUUGGAUGGCUCCAUGGAAGGAUAAGGCUCCUCCAGUCCUCCACCUUCCUCCAAGCUAGCCAAAUCUGGUGGUGGCAAGCAGAAGAAGGUUCGUUUUUCUCUUCAAAGUUUUUUUUUUAAAUUUUUUUUUUCUGUAAAAGUUUAUUUUUUGACAAUUUGGUGUUCUCUUGGAUCGAUCCGCUGCGGUGAAACUAAGUGGAAUGUCUGAAAGAGCUUAUAUUAGAUCCUAUAAUUCACUUCACAAUGGCAUCGGAGUCAAGUUAGUUAGUUUUCCUUUUAUAGAUUUAUUUUUUGAUUUAUUUAGAUUUUCCUGUUUUUUAAUUGAUGAAUUUGGUGUUUUAGGUUGAAGCUAGAUGUGAGAGAAUUGGCGAUUCAAUUCGGUUGUGUUCGGAUUAUACCUUAUGUUCGUGACGGUCUUAAGCUGUAAGUUAUUGAUUUUGUGGUUUUAAUAAUGUCUGCUACAUGUUUGAUGAAAUGCUAUUGAAAAAAAACACUAAAAUGUGUUGCUGAAAAUCGCCGUGCUUUUACUCGUCCGGUGUUUAUGGCUGUUGCUUUUUAUUUAUGUGCAAAGAAACACAAGGUACAUUUGUAAUAAUCUCAAUACAAACACAUGGCAUGUGGUUAUAUAUUGUAAUGACAUGAUUUGUGAUUGUUCUUUGCUUGUGUUUCUGAUUCAUGAGAUUAUUGUGCAGAAAGGGCAACUGGGUCAUGGAGAUACCAUUCAGCGUGAUAGGCCGACUGUGGUGUCUGAACUAUCAAAAUACAAAAUUGUUCAAGCUGGAGCUGGGAGGAGCCAUACGGUAGUUGUUACGGAUGAUGGAAAUUCCCUAGCAUUUGGAUGGAACAAACAUGGACAGCUAGGUUCCGGUUCUGCAAAAACUGGAUGGCUCCUGCAACGGUUUACAACAUUAUGCUGCUUUAGGAAGAGACAAGGUUCACAAAAUUACGGUUUGAUUGUGGCGAGUAACGAGAAUGAAGUUGGAAAGUUGCUAUUAACUAUUAUUGAGAAAAUGUAGCAAGAUUAGCAAUGCCAUGAUGAAGGAGUGGCUUGCAAUGUUUUUCCUUAGCAUUCUGAUUUACAAGGUCAGUCCUUCGCUUCACUCCAUUUUUUUCUUAACUGAACAUGAACCUUAAGUGUCUCAUUCUUAGAAGGCUUUGUUGGUUCACUAGGACAUAAUCCCUUUAAAUAUGUCAAAGCUUUUUAGGUCGCUGGUAUAGUUAGCCGGUCGGUUCUCGGAACUAAUGAUGCAUUUCAGUAUGCCAGAAGUCGAUGCAAAAGGUU